GUAAUCAGACAACUACCAGUGUCCCACUCAAGGUCCGUCAUCUGUUUCUAUUUUUUCUGCCAUUUUUGGUUCAUAUUAAUGCUCAAUUGCUAUUCAAGAUUAAAUGCUUCCUUUUCUUGAAUCCCAUAUGUAGUCUUCUAUUUUUUUAUUCAGUUUCCGAGUUUCAAUUGAGUGAAUUCUUGAAUGCUAACCCAGAUUGGAUUUUAGUUGUUUACUCCUUCAGCUAGUUUUAUGUGGAUCAAAGAUGUUAAAUCGUUUCUGACCAGCCAACCCAUAUAUGAUAAUGAUACAAAGUAAUAUACAAUGGCUUUUACUCUAUUAAUACUUGAAGUCAACCCCGAAGAGAUCUAAUCCAAUACUAGGAGGUUUAUAUGUGAGCUUGUAUCAGCAUAUUCUAAGAAGUACAAUUCGGGUUAGUUUGGAUAGUCAUAAUUCCAUUACUCAAAUUUUAAAUAAAAAAAUCAGUUUUUUCAUACUUCAUUAAAACCCUAUGGUUCAACAAUAAAGUCAAGAUUUUAUGCAUAUGGGAAAUUGAUAUCAGAUUUGGUCGUGUCUUUCGAAUUGAUAUUAGAUUAUAGGAUGGAUGCAACUAGAGUUUUUAUGGCCUUACUACCAGUUUGGUUGCUCAUGCCUUUCCUUCUUGGAGUAACAUCUCAUGGGAUACAGCCACUGGCAAGGAUUGCAGUUCAUAAUUCAGUGGUUGCUUUGGAUAGUCAGUCUUUUAUUAAAGUUUAUCCUUCUCUUCUCGGCCGAAAUGGUCAAAACAAAGAAUGGGUUACUUUGGAAUACGGCAAACCAAAUCCAUCUAGUGAUGACUGGAUUGGAGUGUUUUCUCCGGGAAAUUUCAGUGCAUCAACCUGCCUCCCUGAAAAUCAAAUGACAAGUCAACCUUGGUUGUGUACGGCACCUAUUAAGUUUCAAUUUGCAAAUUACUCCAACUCCAAGUACAUAGAGACGGGAAGCGGGUCACUUAAGCUUCAAUUAAUCAACCAAAGAUCGAACUUCUCUUUUGGGUUGUUUUCUGGUGGAUUAUCAAAACCAAAGCUUGUCGCAAUGUCAGAUAUAGUUUCCUUUGAAAAUCCAAAUGCACCAUUGUACCCGAGGUUAGCCCAAGGGAAGAUGUGGGAUGAAAUGACAGUGACAUGGACAAGUGGAUAUGGGAUCAAUGAGGCAGAGCCAUUUGUGGAGUGGGGUAAAAAAGGGGGAGACCAGAAACACUCCCCCGCUGGGACUCUCACUUUUGACCGCAGUAGCAUGUGUGGUGCACCUGCUAGAACUGUUGGAUGGCGUGAUCCAGGGCUCAUUCACACGGCCUUCCUCAAGGAGCUUUGGCCCAACUCAUUGUAUACUUACAAGUUGGGUCAUAAGCUGUUAAAUGGCACAUACGUCUGGAGUCAGAUUUACCAAUUCAAGUCAUCUCCUUAUCCUGGCCAAAACUCUGUACAGCGUGUGAUCAUUUUUGGCGACAUGGGAAAGGAGGAAGCUGAUGGGUCUAGUGAGUAUAACAACUAUCAACCUGGUUCCCUUAAUACCACUAAGCAGCUGAUCGAUGAUCUGAAAAACUAUGAUAUAGUUUUUCACAUUGGGGAUAUCUGCUACGCAAAUGGUUACAUCUCUCAGUGGGACCAGUUUACGUCGCAGGUAGAGCCGAUCGCUUCAAGUGUACCUUACAUGAUCGCAAGUGGCAAUCACGAGCGUGAUUGGCCUGGGUCAGGUUCAUUCUAUGGGAACAUGGACUCGGGUGGUGAAUGUGGUGUCCCAGCUCAAACUAUGUUUUAUGUUCCUGCUGAAAAUAGGGAAAAGUUCUGGUACUCUACAGAUUAUGGCAUGUUCCGGUUUUGCAUUGCUGACACCGAACAUGACUGGAGAGAGGGAACAGAGCAACAUAAUUUCAUUGAGCAAUGCCUUGCAUCUGUUGACCGACAUAAACAACCGUGGCUCAUUUUCCUUGCCCACCGGGUACUUGGCUACUCUUCUGGUGAGUCCUAUGCCAUUGAAGGAUCAUUUGGAGAGCCAAUGGGAAGAGAAAGCCUUCAAAAGCUUUGGCAGAAGUAUAAAGUAGAUAUUGCCAUGUAUGGUCACGUCCAUAACUAUGAAAGGACAUGCCCUAUUUACCAGAAUAUUUGUACAAGCAAAAAGCAACACUUCUAUAGAGGCAGCUUGAACGGGACAAUACAUGUUGUUGCCGGGGGAGGAGGUGCAGGCCUCGCGGGUUUUGCUAACAUAUCGACUUCAUGGAGUCUGUCCAAAGACCAAGACUAUGGAUUUGUCAAGUUAACAGCGUUCGAUCAUUCAAACCUCCUGUUUGAGUACAAGAAGAGCAGGGAUGGUAAAGUACAUGACUCCUUCAGGAUAUCACGGGAUUAUAGAGACAUUUUGUCUUGCACGGUGGAUAGCUGCCCAAGCACGACCCUUGCGUUUUGAUCCAAUGUAAUGAGGCAAUACCCUCCUCCACUGCCAGUUUGGUUUUUCUUUUACACUGACUGCUUGACACAAUACCUUUCCAAUGACAUGAGCCGAUGAGCAGGCUAAUAUGAACUGCUGUGUUGACAAAAAUCAGAGUGAAAGAUAAGAUUAAGUUAUGGUUGGUAAACUCAGAUCAUUUAAAAUGCAUUUUAAUUGCAGAAGGCAAGACCUAUAGUAAUAAAAAUUGUUUUUUCUCAUUAUCA